AUGUGUAAGAAGAAGCCUAAGGCGGUCCGGCUGAAACUGAAUUUCGACGGCUCGUCCAAGUACGGCGAGUCCAGGUAUGCCAGCGUCGGGGCAUUCGGCGGUGUGUUUCGAGAUCUGGAAGGCAGGUUUGUCCUGGGCUACGCGGGACGGAUCGGCAAUGCGACGAGCUCCGUUGCUGAGCUGGUCGCGCUCAAGCGCGGCCUCGAGCUGGCUCUGCAGAACGAGUGGCGCGACAUCUGUAUCGAGGGCGACUGCAAGGCCGCGGUUGAAGCGAUCACGAGCCGCGUGCGUGUCCGUGCGAGCAAGGACAAGGAGCAGUUCAGGGCGAUCACCGCGAUGCUCCCGCGGCUCAGGAAAGUCACCGUGACGCAUGUGGGCCGGAAACGCAACACGGUGGCGGACAGCUUCGCCGAGCUCGGCCACGAGGCGGGGCCGCAGCGGGUGUGGCGCGGCGUUCCUCCUCCAGAGGUACUCCUGCACCUUCGGCGAGAUGCAGAGUUGCGAAUGCAGAUUAAGGUAAAGAGGAAGAUAGUGAAGUGA